AACUUCUUCAUUCAAUUUGAUAGUUGUGUUGUAUGGUUUGUUUUUUAAUUUCGUCACUCGGUGAAAGUCUAUAAAUAGGUCUGUUGCUACUAUAUUGUAGAGAUUUCUAUAUUGACACGACUUUGAGCAAGGAAACGAAAACAUCGAAUGAGUUCAGUGAAGGUGUCAUUUGGCUUUUGGAAGUUAUCUAGUGUCGUGGUUCAAAAUUUUAGCCGUCACAAGUAUUCCACAUAUCGACAGAUUGUAAAUCGAUUAGGUAGCAGUAACCAAAUAGCAAAUACAGCAAUUACCAAAUCCGUCAGCUACAGUGAACCAAUUUACCUCAAAUAUAAUACGUUUGUCCGUCGAUCGUUCAGCACCUACAAAAUGGAAACAAAAGAAGCGCUUCGACAACGUUUAACACCCAUCCAAUACCAAGUUACACAGGAAGCUGGCACCGAACGUCCGUUUACUGGAAAAUACAAUAAAUUUUAUGAAACUGGCGUAUAUCAGUGCAUCGUGUGUCAUGAAGAUCUCUUUAACUCUGAUACUAAAUACGACUCGGGGUGUGGGUGGCCGGCAUUUAACGACGUUGUUGAACAAGGAAAAGUCACAUUGCACAAAGAUACCAGCAUCUCAGGCACCAAUUUACUCCUUUUAAUCAAAAAUCCAGACCGCGUCCGGACGGAAGUGAGAUGCUCGAAAUGUGGAGCACACAUGGGUCACGUGUUUGAGGAUGGUCCAAAGCCAACACGUAAAAGGUAUUGCAUAAAUUCAGCCGCUAUUGAUUUCAUCUCGGCCGAAGAACGAAACAAAAACCAACAAAACAGUUGAAUGCAGAACGAACAUUGAUUGUAAACGAAAAAAAAUUCUCUAGCAUUAAACAAAUUCAAACUAAUGAUUGUUUUUUUAUAAAUGGUUUUCCAAACAAAAACUUA